CCAUCAUUCUCUCUCUCCCUCAUUCUCAUCUCUCUCUCUCUCUCUCUCUCGAUAUAUAUAUAUAUAUAAUCGUUGCUUGGGUUUUACUCCUUGGUGUGAUUAUCAAUCUACAAACAUGGCGAUGGUGAGUAAUGUUGUUGUGUCUGGGACAGAUGACCUACCAGGAAUGAUGGAGUGGAACAAGCAUGACCAACAACAAUUAAACUAUCAGAAUGACGGUGGUUGUGGUGGUGGUGGUGGUGGUGGGUUGUACGUGAAGGUGAUGACCGACGAGCAGAUGGAGCUUUUACGCCGUCAGAUCUCCGCCUACGCCACCAUCUGCGACCAACUUGUUGAGAUGCACAAGGCCAUUACUUCCCAACAGGACCUUGCUGGAAUGAGACUGGGUAACAUAUACUGUGAUUCAUUGAUGACAUCUGUUUGCCACAAGAUCACCGCAAGGCAGCGUUGGACUCCAACACCUACACAGCUUCAAAUUCUUGAGCGUAUCUUUGACCAAGGCAAUGGAACCCCUGACAAGCAUAAGAUUAAGGAGAUAACCGCCGAGCUGUCACAACAUGGACAAAUUUCUGAAACAAAUGUUAGUAAUUGGUUCCAAAACAGGAGAGCUCGUUGCAAAAGAAAGCAAUUGAUUAGGGUAUCAAACAAUGCAGAAUCAGAGCCAGAGGCUGAAGUCGAGUCCCCUAAAGAAAAGAAGACAAAACCCGACAACAUCCAAUCCCAUGAGAAUUCAGCAUCAAGGGCUGAAAAUGUAUAUGUCCAAAGUCCCGACUUAAGUGCUGAAAUGCUUUGCUUGGAUACACAGCCAAAUAAAGGGGAGCCUAUGUUUCCAUUGGAUCGUGAUUUAAGAUCAUCUGGCAGUUUGGGUCAUUUAGCUAUGUAUGAGAGUGUUCCAAGAAUGGACCAGUUUAUUGGUAAAAUGGAAGUUCCAGGGAGCUUUAGUCCUUAUCAGCACGGGGAAGGAUAUGACAUCAUCGGGUGAUGCACACAGGUGCUGUUUUGUUGCUUUGGAUUGAUCAGAAGCUUAUUGAACUUGAGGAUAAUGGACCAUAUAUCUCUAUAUUAAGAAGUCGGUUAACUAGGGAACAUACGAACCAUAGAUAGCACAAUUAAUAUCUACAUACUCUGAAGUUUACGAUUUGUCAAGACUUGUUAGGGCUGAGAAUCUGUGAAUUUCUAUGAAAAUGAAUUUCACAGUUUAAUGAAAUAUACUAGUAGUUAGUAACUGUGACACUUCAUAGUGCUUGUUGAAUUUUCCAUCCCGAUUGUAUAAGCGUGUUGCUAAUAUGCUAUGGUUGGCAUGGUUGAAUC